UACAAGUCAUUGCCCAACUGAUACAUGGUCAAAGGAUAUGACCAGACAAGUUUUACACGAUGAAAUGAAAGCCAUUUAUAGUUAUGAAAAAAUGCUUAUAUCACUAUUGAUAAAAGAAAUCCAAAUUAAAACAAGUCUGAGGUACCACCUCACACCUCUCAGAUUGGCUAAGAUGAUACGAGUACAGUCCUGCACAGGUGACUCCCCCCUCCCCCAGGCCAGGAAGGAGCAGGCAGCGCCCUAGCAAAGCAGGACUGAGAGCCUAUCCCCCGACAGGCCAGCAGCCAGAUCCAAAACUCCAAGGCAAGAAGCUUGGGAAAAUGUCCCCCUGACCCAGGAUCACAGUCCAACUUAAUAUGAAUUUUAGGAGUCAAGAAAUAGAAUGGAAAAAUACACACUCACACUUCCCGCCAAAAAAAAAAAAUAGCAUCCUUACAAGAAAGAUUGAAAGAUAAGGUGGGAAGACAGGAUGUCAAAGUUAGUUACGUGUAAAGACCCAAAUGUGGAUGAAUCUGUGACCCACGAAUAGCUAUGGAGGGAGCACCAAGGAGAACUCAAAGAAGUAAACUAGACAGGGAGAAGAUCAGGAAAGGGGGCGGUGGAGGGAUUGGGGGCCUGGGAGGACUUGGGGGCGGAACAAACGAUUGGCCGGAGGCGGGGCCUGCAGGCUUGGCUCUGCUGCGGAGCCUGGAAGGCUCCAUCCCCCUGCAGGAUGGACAGGGCGGGGCUCUGAGGACCAGGAAGACCCUCCCACAGGAGGUUGGCGGGAAGCCGGAAGUCUUGGAGCUGCUACUUGGCUGCCUCCCCCUCGGGUCUUCCUCCCUUCCGGGCGAACGCUGAUCACUUUGCCUUGUGGAAGCCAGAACCGCGCUUGCAGCUCCCAGGGAGCCCGGAGCCAGAGGGAAUGGGCCCUGGGAGCCUGAGACCUGCUCAGGACUUGGUGACAUUCAAGGAUGUGGCUGUGGACUUCACCCAGGAGGAGUGGGGCCUCUUGGACUCUCCCCAGAAGCAGUUGUACAGGGAAGUCAUGCUGGAGAAUGUCCGGAACCUGCUGUCCCUGGGGCUUCCAGUUCCCAGAGAAGAUGUGAUCUCGUAUUUUAAGCAAAGACAAGUACCUUGGAUGCUGGACCAAGAAGGCCUGAGGAGCCGCUCUCCAGAAAGUGAGAUCAGACUUGAAAUGAUGAAAAGUACUCACAAACAAACACUCAUGAGUCCCUGUGACUUCACUUGGAAAGAAAUCAGUGCUAUACAUGAAAAAAUACACACUGGAGAAAAAUCUUAUGAUUAUAAGCAGUGUGGAAAGACUUUCAGCAAUAAGGGAGCUCUUACUGUGCCUCAGGGAAUCCACACUGGAGAGACACCUUAUGAAUGUAACCAAUGUGGACAGGGCUUUAAAAAAAGGCAAUAUCUAACUCAACAUCAAAGAAUCCACACUGGAGAAAAACCUUAUGAAUGUAAACAGUGUGGAAAGGCUUUUACACACAAAAAUUCUUUCGCUCUACAUCAGAAAAUGCACACUGGACAGAAACCUUAUGAAUGUAACCAAUGUGGAAAGGCUUUUCGCAGCAAGGGACAUCUUAUUGUACAUCAAAGAAUCCACACUGGAGAAAAACCUUAUAUGUGUAACCAGUGUGGAAAGGCUUUUAGACAAAAAUAUUCUCUCACUCUACAUCAGAGAAUCCAUUCUGGAGAGAAACCUUAUGAAUGUAAGCAAUGUGGAAAGGCUUUUACCACAAUAGGAACUCUUAAUCAACAUCAGAGAAUCCACACUGGAGAGAAACCUUAUGAUUGUAAGCAAUGUGGAAAGUGUUUUACAAAAAGGCAGUCUCUUACUGUACAUCAGGAAUUCAUGCUGGAGAGAAACCUUAUGACUUUCCCUGGGGUCCUCUACUACGGGAGCUGUUCUGUCAGCAACUGCGAAGAGACAGCCAUGGUUUUGGCUGGUUGGUCGGCCAGAUCACUGAGGGGCACAGAUGCCGUUUUCUGCACUGGGCCUUGGACUGUUAACUACUGCCACAGCCUGGGGCAGCCGGAAGGCUGGUCCUGA